ACACACACACACACACACACAGGCUAUGAGACUAUAUGAUGUCCACGAAGUGCGCGGUUUCAUCUCUCACUGGUUUUCCUGCGCCUUUACGCACCAUCACCAUCCUCACUUCAUUUGGAAGACCCACCUGAAGAAGACGCAGCGCGCGACUUGGUGCAAGACGAAAAAGUUCGCAACUUACUGACUUCACUUUUUUACAACCCUUACACACGACACGCCAGAUGCAGAAGCAAGCGCGCGACCAAGUCAUCUGGUGAGCUCCUGCGUUUCGCCAUGAACGCCACGAUCCUCAGCGGCACCCUGUUCGCGCACGGCGCUCUGCUCAACAGCAGCCAGCAGCUCGCGGGCACGUUAGUGGACGAGGUGAGCGCGAGCGACGGCGGCGGUCCCGGCGGCGGCGGCGGCGGCUCUUUGGUGCUCGAGGCGGACGAGCGCAAGCUGUUCGUGACGCGCGCUGUGCAGAUCGCGGUGCUCUGCGUGCUCUCUCUUACAGUCGUCUUCGGCAUCUUCUUUCUCGGCUGCAAUCUCAUGAUCAAGUCCGAAAGCAUGAUCAACUUCUUAGUGAGAGAGCGGCGGCCGUCCAAAGACGUCGAGGCGGUGAUGAUCGGACUAGGCUAGCGAGAGCGCGCGCGCGCAGGUGGGGGAACAGGAACCUGUGCACCCGGAGCCGGCGGAGUCAGCGCGCGCCCUGUGUUCAUGUUCACGUGCAGCGCGAGGAUAUGCAACUCGUCCUUUUUGGUCGUUUUGUGAGGGGAAAAAAAUUAAAACGAGCUGAACGAGACGUUCAAGUGUCGUUAAAAAGGUCUUAGUGACUGUCACAGGAAUGGGAUUUGCACGCUUGCGAAUGUAUCGCGGUUUAUUAAUGUUAUAAUUAUUUUUUUUAAUAUAUUUCAUGUUCACAUUAAUAUUCGAGCCAGGUUGUUGCAUACAUGGGUGUCUGACCUUUACAGUGAAAAACAUGUUUACACGUUCUUUUUUUAACCUUAAGUGCUAAAAGAGAACUAUUGAAACUUUUAACUUCCAAAAUGCAUGCAGCUAAAUGAGUAAAUGUAGCCUAUGCAUCUGGCACCGUAGGUGUUUUUAUUAUUAUUCUUUGAAAAAAAAACGUUAAAGUGUAUUUUUUUUCUCGCACGGUUGGAGGAACCAUUUAUCCUCGUUAAUAUUUGCACGUUUUGCUACGAGUCUUUGGGUUCUGGUUGCUGGAGAUGCAGCAUGUGCGUUGCUCUUUCUCAGUUUUCUGUCUAGCACUUUCCCAUGAACCUGCUGCAUGAACUGUUUUUUUGUAAAUAACGAUGAAAACUUGAAGUAUCGUGUCAAUCAACUGAACCUUUCACACUUGCUUGUGCACUUUGUUUUCUAACAGUAGAAAGUCCGAGUUCCAACAAACUGUUUUUACAGAUUUCUUCUACUUAAAAUUAAAAGUAAAAGUUUUGAUCUAUAAGAACUGAUUAUUACAAUGAUUUUAAAAUGCCACCUAAUUAAUAUAUGUAUUUAAUACCCAAAUUAGAUAUUGUAUCUUAAAUAAAAAAAAAUCUAUAUAAAUGUGUGAA